GCCUGCCCGCGGUCACGUGCUCUCCGGGCGAGGCGGGGGCGGAGCGUGGCGGGCGGUGGGGGCGGGGUAUGGCGCACGGUGCGGCGCAGGGCGGCUGGCACAAACGGCGGCGCCGGGGCCGGAGGAAAAAGCUGGCCAUCCUGACCAGUCCCUUCCCAAGCCGCUAGGGACCCCAGUGGACUUGGAGACCGCCGUGUACUUCCAGGGCACGAGACCCGCUGCUGCCUGUCCUGCCUCACCCUGCCCAGCAGCAGGCCCAGCGGCCUCCAGCUGCAGCAAGUGGAGGAGGUGGUGGUGGUGGAGGGUGGCACCAUGGGCCCGGGCCGUGCCCUCCAUGCCCGGGGGAUGAAGACACUGCUGCCAUGGACAGCCCGUGCCAGCCGCAGCCCCUGAGUCAGGCUCGCCCUCCCCUGACAGGGUCUGUGUCAGAGCCUGUGGAGCCUGGCCGUGCCAGGAUGGGGGUGGAGAGUUACCUGGCCUGUCCCCUGCUGCCCUCCUACCACCACAGUCCCGGAGCACCUGCAGCUGGCGAGGCCUCUGUGGGGAGUGGGGCCCCCAGAGUCACGGCCACCUCCACCACUGCCAGCGCCCUGCGGGAGGGCUUGGGUGGCCAGGAUGGUGGUGAGCUAUGGCCGCUGCGGAGUGAGGGCGCUGCAGCACUGGUGACCAAGGGGUGCCAGCGACUGGCCGCCCAGGGUGCCCGGCCUGAGGCCCCCAAACGGAAGUGGGCAGAGGAUGGGGGAGAUGCCCCUUCACCCUGCAAGCGGCCCUGGGCCCGGCAAGAGAACCAGGGGGCUGAGGAGGAGGGUGGCACUGGACACAGCAGCGGGGCUGGAGAGCUGAGUACCCGGCGGAAGGAGGAGGCUCGGCCCUCCGCGCCAGAGCGCCUGGCCCUGGACUACAUCGUGCCCUGCAUGCGGUACUACGGCAUCUGUGUGAAGGACAACUUCUUGGGGGCGGCAUUGGGGGGCCUCGUGCUAGCUGAGGUGGAGGCCCUGAAGUGCAGCGGUCGCCUGCGGGAUGGACAGCUGGUGAGCCAGCGGGCCAUCCCACCGCGCAGCAUCCGCGGGGACCAGAUCGCCUGGGUGGAAGGUCAUGAGCCAGGCUGCCAGAGCAUCGGCACCCUCAUGGCCCACGUGGACACCGUCAUUCGCCACUGCGCUGGGCGACUGGGCAGCUAUGUCAUCAAUGGGCGCACUAAGGCCAUGGUGGCGUGCUAUCCAGGCAAUGGGCUGGGGUACGUGAGGCAUGUCGACAACCCCCAUGGCGACGGGCGCUGCAUCACCUGCAUCUAUUACCUGAAUCAGAACUGGGAUGUUAAGGUGCACGGCGGCCUGCUGCAGAUCUUCCCCGAGGGCCGCCCCGUGGUCGCCAACAUCGAGCCGCUCUUUGACCGCUUGCUCAUUUUCUGGUCUGACCGGCGAAACCCCCACGAGGUGAAGCCCGCCUAUGCCACCAGGUACGCCAUCACUGUCUGGUAUUUUGAUGCCAAGGAGCGGGCAGCAGCCAAAGACAAGUAUCAGCUAGCGACAGGACAGAAGGGCGUCCAGGUUCCUGUCUCGCAGCCGCCCACGCCCCCCUAGGACCAGCCCCAGAGCGGCAUGGACAGCUUGCCUCGACUUGCAGCCGGCAGCCCCGCAGCCUCGGUGCCUGUCCCCUCCCUGCUGCCGUCGCUGCUUCUGACUUGCCUGUCUCCACACUGAGGACCAAGGAGGAUGCCUCUGCGGCCCAAACCGAGCGGAGGCUGGCGCUGGAGGCUACCAUGCCCGGAGCAGGCCCCAGUCACGACCCCAAUAGUGCAGAGAGCUGGGGCGAGACUUCAUCGCCUUGCACCAGGAGGCAGGAUUUGGGGUUGGCGUGAGUCAUGGGCUCUGGCUGAAAGAGGUUUGGGGGCUCUCCCCUAGCCCCCUCCUCCAACUCCUCCAGCCUGGAAUGUGAAGCGACUCCCUAACGCCUUAGGCCAUGGCACCUUUUGGACCGGGCUGCCGUGGUGGGGCAGGGACUGGGGCCUGGAGGGAGACCCGUGGAUGUGGAAGCUUUUCAGCCAAGUAAUAAAGUUUACCUCAGAGCUGCA